GACUAGAUAGUGUAAGACUUUAAUUUAAUAAAAUCGUGAUGGAUAACAAAGUUUACUUGUUAAAAAUUCACCGACACUAGUUGGACGGAUAUUUCUAGACUCCCGUGAGAUACUUUUAUCUUUUAUAGAAGGGUCGUUUCCGUAUGAGAAAGUAGGAAGAAGCAUUCGCAUUCACGUACAUAUCUCUAGACAAUUUCAAUUCGUUGACCUCGUCGAGGCUCAUCGCAAUGGAAACACGAAAUUUUUCAUCAAAAUCAAAAUGGCUACGGAAACUGCUCAACUACCUCACCUCGAAGUUUUUCAUCGUGUUCUCGAGCUUCCAAUGAUCGUAAUGGCUUUAAAUAAAUCGGCAGAAACUUAUAGUAAACUGAAAGACUCUCAUUGGUUGGUACACUGGGCUCUAACCACGGCCGAGAAUUCUUUCGAGAGUGCAACCAGGCAAGCUGUACCCAUAGCCGCCCCCCUAGCUAAGAAAUUCGAGAUUCCUAUACAUUUUGUCGACCACACGCUCUGCUUCGGUCUCGACAAAAUCGAAGAAAGAGUCCCAUUGGUGAAGGAGAAACCCGAGCAGAUUUUAGCUAAUGCCUACGAUUUAGCCGUAAAAAAAGUUCAACCGGCAGUUUCAACGAUCUAUUACGUAAACGACGCUUUAUUAGAGCAAGCUACGAAUCUGAGAGAUAUCAGCUGGAAUAAAGCUAAUCAACUUUUAGAUACUCAUUAUGGUAUUGAAGCUGUUAAGAGAUUAGACAGUACCGCUGUAAUCGUGGACAAAUUGAUAGACAUAUAUUUUCCUGCAAUUGGAAAUGAAGAUGAAACUAAUGCCACGGUAGAAACAGAAGAAGAGGACAAACUCCUUCAUACUUUACAAAUUGUUGGCCGUUUAUCCAAUAAAACAGCUCGACGUGUUUAUCUAAAUAUAUGCCAGCGCACUAAGGAAAUUAGCAAGGAAAACCUGAGGAGAUACAUCGCUUUUCUUUUAGAAUUUUUUCAACUCACACAGUACAUACACGCGAUCAAUGAUAAAAUUAUCGAGCUAACGACUCCUAAUAAAUGCGAACAACCCAAUCAACAAACACCAACUAACCAAAACUCGAGUCAGAAUUAAAAGCUUUUUUUGUUUUUUUAAUAAUUCGCAUCAUUUUAUCUUUUUAUGUAUUUUUUAUUGUGAUUCAUAAUAU